AGAAGGAUGGUUACUAGAAGUAGAAUACGUAAUGGAAUAUUCUUUUCUGGUUACUGGAUACCUGUUUCAGUUUGGCUUUAUAUCCUCUUAACCCACUCACUUCCAUCAUUUUCUUCAACAAACAAACAUCCCAAUUCCAACAAAGAUCACAUUUUUAUUUAUUUUAUUUCUUCUUGUUUUUACAGAAACAAACAAGGAAGAAGAAGAAAGAUUCAGGUUUUUGAUAUGCAUGAUCAUGGUGUGAGAGAGGGGAUUUGGGGAGGAACUUUGCCUCUCUAAAGCCCCCCAAAAAAUCCUCCUUUUUGUAUAAAGUGUGCGUGUGUUUGUGCGUGAGAGAGAGAGAGAGAGAUGGUUGAAGGGGCAAAUGGGUAUUCUUGAUUUCAUGUGUAAUUGAAUCUCUUCACAUGAAUGGAGGAAGCUGAACUAUGAUGUUUCUUGAUUGCAGAUGGUGCCGAAGUAAACUGAUCAUGAUCAUGGCUACUUCAGACACACGGUUAAACACCAUCAUCUUAUGAAACAUCCCAAUUUCCUUAGCUUUAGCUCCAGUUCGAUUCGAUCUAGUUCAUCUUGCUUUCGUUAGCUCGUUUUUUAGUCUUUUUAUGCGUAAGAAAACUCCAAUUCGAUUCGAUCUAGUUCAUCGUGUUUUCAUUUCCUUGUUUUUAGUCCUUUUAUGUGUAAGAAAAUUUGAUUGAAAUCAACGAUUUCGAUCAGCGGGCAAAUCUCCUUUGGCAAUAUAUCUUUGGCUACAGAAAGAACUCUUAGUUCCUUCUGCUGUCAUUGAUCUAUCUAUUUAUAUAUUCGUUUCGUUAAACAUUAGUGCAAAUCUCCUUUGGCAAUACCAGAACUUCUGGUAAAAAAACUUGAUCCGUUUUUAUCCGAAAAACAACGGGGCAAAUCUCCUUUGGCAUAUCGGGUGUCUAUUCCAGACCCCUUCCGUAAACUAUCUUCAGAUUCUUUGGAGAUACGUACUAUCGGUUCUUGAUAGUGAUAUCAGUAAUACUUCCAUAUCACAAGGUUUGUAGAAAUGGAUAUCUUUUUGAGCGAUUUCGAUAGCUACAGCGAGAGCAGUAGCUCCGACGAUCAAGAAGACGACGAGUUCAUGUACAGUGGACAAGCUACCUCCAUUCUCUCAAAUCUUCAAGAAACAAUCGGGAAAAUCGAUGAUUUCUUGUUGUUCGAGAGAAGAUAUGUCCAUGGUGACAUCGUUUACUCGGGAAAAGAUCGCGAUUCGCAAAUGGGAAAAGUAACAAACGUUGAGAUCGUUGUGGAUUUAGAAAACAUCAAUGAGAAGAAAGUGAAAGACAUAAGUUCCAAGAAACUUGCGAAAAUCCGUUCGAUCUCGACGGGUGAGUUUGUAAUAUCGGGUCCGUGGGUUGGUAAAGCCGAAAACAUAACCGAUUCCGUUACCGUCUUGUUUGAUGACGGCACCAAGGGUGAGUUCGCAGUAACGGGAUUGGAGACCGAGAAGCUCGUACCGAUAUCACCGGAUAUAAUCGAUGAUUCGCAGUACCCAUACUACCCCGGUCAACGGGUCAAAGCCGUGAACAUGACUCCGUCUAAGUCAACCCAUUGGUUCUGCGGGUCGAAGAACAGGAACCAGGAUGAAGGGACCGUAUGCUCGGUCGAUUCGGGUUUGGUCCAUGUAACCUGGCUCGGCUGCGCAUUACUCGGUUCAGAAAGCGUACCGGAACCACCAUCGUUACAGAACUCAAAAGAUUUGAUUCCCGUUUCGUGUUUCGCUCAUUCAAACUGGCAGAUUGGCGAUUGGUGUAUGCUGCCGAAACCCGAGCACAGGAGUUUUACCGAUCGUUUUCCUGUUCGUAAACAAUCGAACAACCGUUCAGAUUUUCAAGAAAUCUUUGUGAUUGCAAAGAUGAAAUGUAAAGUCGAUGUGUUAUGGCAAGACGGAAGUGAAUCAUGCGGGCUGUAUUCGAAUACCCUCGGCCCGAUUAACGCACUCGAUGCUCAUGAUUUCUGGCCGCAUCAGUUUGUUCUCGAGAAAGGAACAUCGGAUGAUCAACAAGAUAGAAAGUGGGGUGUCGUGAAGGCCGUUGAUCCGAACGAAAAGACCGUGAAGGUGAAGUGGGAGUCGGAAAUCGAGGAAACUGUGAGCGCGUAUGAACUAAUCGAGCACCCGGGUUAUUCGUAUAACCAGGGUGAUCUCGUGUUGAGGUUAAAUAAAGGACAAAUUGUUGAAGCCGGUGAGAAAUGUAGCGGUGAUCUGUACUUGGAUCAUAUCGGGAUGGUUGUUAGCUUGAAAAAUGGCUCCGUUGAAGUCAAAUGGGCUUCGGGUUUUACGUCUAAGGUGGCGCCUCACGAGCUUUUACGGGUGGAAAAGUCUGAAGGUCCGUCAGCAACGCCGUUGCUUAACAAUGACAGCAUCCAAGAGGAUCAAGAGAAGUCAGGGAUUUCACCGGACCCGAGAGAUAAGAGCUUUUUAGGUUCUGAUGAUGGUGAUGAUUGCUUAAAGACGUUAUAUGAAUCGACAACUUUUAACGUCCCGCGAGCUGCUAUCGAGCUUUUAUCCGAUGUGGCUAAGAGUCUGUUUGGGUUCCCGUUUUACGCAUCAUUAUCGGCUUCUCCUGACCAUGUCCCAGAAAACGAGUCAAUGUCGGGUUUCGACAAGGAAGAUGAUCCGGUAAUCGUAGAGACAUCUUCGGAGGCAAACUUCAACGAGGUCAAAGAGUCAAAGGAUGAAAUUAAGCAAUUUGACAUGGUCAAUGAUUGCUCAAGCCACCACUUUGUUGAUAGCCCGGGAAAGAGCUCGAUAUCAAGUCAGGUGAAAAGAAGUUGGUUAAAGAAAGUCCAGCAAGAAUGGAGCAUUUUGGAAAACAAUCUUCCUGAAACAAUAUACGUUCGUGUCUUCGAAGAAAGGAUGGAUCUAAUACAAGCUGCGAUUGUCGGGGCACCCGAAACUCCUUAUCACGACUGUCUCUUCUUCUUUGACAUUUUUCUACCUCCGGAAUAUCCUCACGAGCCCCCGAUGGUGCAUUACGAGUCUGGUGGGCUUCGGGUCAACCCGAAUCUAUACGAGUCGGGAAGGGUAUGUCUUAGCCUUCUGAAGACCUGGACUGGAACCGGAACCGAGACAUGGAACCCUGACGGAUCGACAAUUCUUCAAGUUUUACUGUCUCUUCAGGCUUUAGUGCUCAACAAAAACCCGUACUUCAAUGAAGCCGGUUACGAUCAGCAAAUUGGGAGUCUCGAAGGCGAAAAGAACUCGGGCAGCUAUAAUGAGAAUGCUUUUCUCAUGAGCUGCAAAUCCAUGCUUUACAUACUCCGCAAGCCACCUAAGCAUUUUGAGGCACUUGUGGAGGAACACUUCAGCAAACGUUGCGUGCAUAUCUUGAUGGCUUGUAAGGCUUAUAUGGAAGGGGUUCCGGUAGGCUAUGCUAUCGGCAGCCCGUAUGUUGAGCCCGAAGGGCACACCGGGAAUUCUACGGGUUUCAAGAUCAUGCUAUCGAAGCUCGUCCCUAAGCUCGUGGAAGCAUUUGCCGCAAAGGGUUUCGAUUGUGGCGAGUUUAGUAAAACGGGCUAGUGGUAAGUCGUCAAAUAAUGUAGCCCCUUUUCGGAUUCGGGUCAUAUCCGAAGAAAUGUACAACUGUGAACGCAUAUGGUGCAUGUUGUCUUCAUAAAGGUGUAGUGUGUAAAGUGUUGGGUUUUAUAAAGUGUCUCAAUGUAUAAAGGUUGUCAAUAAAAAAGGUAGUUCUUUCUUGAAAGUUGAAGGAUGUCAAAUUCAGAGAAAUGUACAAGCAUUAUUUAUCUGGAUUUGAUGGUUCUUUGUUUGAGAAGGAAAUUACCAAGGUGUGAUGUGUAAAAUGUUGGGUGUAUUUUAUUUGGAUUAUGUAACAUAUGUUGGUGUAUUUUUUAUUUGGAUUAUGUAACAUAUUUCAUAAAUAAUUAUGUAACA